UUGGAGCAGACUAUCAGGGGCCUGUUACCCAGUAGCCCUUAUGUUGCCCCCUUCCCCGCCCUGAUGCAGGACACUUCACUCCCAAGAAGAUGGCUCCGACUCUGGUUUUGCUGCUCCUCAGCCAAGUAGCUUUAUAUACAACUGUCACAUCCAAGAAAGUAUGUGGCCGGCCUUCUGUGACUGAUGGAAUUGAUGAGUUGGCACUUAAACGUGUGUAUGAGGUUGGAGAAGAGGUGGGCCUCACAUGUGAGCAGGGGUACUUGCCUUCAACAGCAACUCCUCGAAGGAUGACUUGCACUGCCACAGGAGCGUGGACGCAGUCAGAUCUGACAUGUUCCCCAAAGAUGUGCCCGAUCCCCAAACCUCUACAACCAUUAGCAAAGGGAAGGACAGAAGCUCCAUUCAAGAGUGUGCUUAACUUUACAUGUGAUGAUGGGUAUGUCAUGCAAGGAGCAAAUGAAAGCAGGUGUUUACAUGAUGGCACCUGGAGCAAUCAACCACCACUCUGCAAAGCUGUGAAUUGUCCCAUACCCAGGCCACCAAGAGAUGGUAAAAUUGUCCAUGAUAGACAGGUUACUGGAACCAACACCAUAUUUGGGCAGGGUUGGACAUAUGAGUGUAACUCACCCAAGGCACCAAGUUAUGAGAGAGGAUCCUGCAAGGCUGAUGGAAGUGUCCCUGAACCUCCAGUGUGUCAAGAGGUGAGCUGCCCCAUCCCAGCAAGAAUACCUAAUGGCUUCAUCACUUUUGCUGUAAUGAGACCACAUGGCUACAAGGAAAAGGUUAAGUACGCCUGCAAUGAGCACUAUGUACUGGAUGGAGAGGCUGAGAUACAGUGCAAAAAUACAGGGAACUGGUCAUCCCAACCAGUCUGCAGAGCUCCCUGCACAGUCGGUAUCAAAAGAGGCCGUAUCUUCUACAAUGCCAGGAAACUUUGGAUUGCAGAUCUUAAGCCCAACAGAGUCCUCCAUGGAGAGCAUGUAGCCUUCUAUUGUCUGAACAAAGCUGACAGGUGUGGCUACCCUGUGGCCAGCACCUGUAAUGAUGGAAUCCUGCCCCUCCCAGAGUGCUUUGAGGAACCCGGCAAGGUGGUGUACACCUUAAAACCUAAAACUCUUCCAUCAGAAAUAGCAAUGUGCACCGCUUCACCCCCUGCAAGCCCUACAAGUCCUGCAAGAUCUGCAUAAUUUUACACAGAAGGACCUGAAACACCAUGUAGACUGACAUGAUUCAUCAAUAAUAAAUCUGUAAAAAAUAUGCUACAAGCCACCUUUGGCACUUCAUCUUUCAUUUUGCCUGUCACUGUCAGCUAAUAAUAGAAUAAUACUAGCUGUAAAAUGGAGGUGUGGUACCUGAAGGAGUCAGUGACCUGAAGAACCUGUGAACCUGUAUAAUUUUCAAUCUGCAAAUACACACACACCUGUACCAAGAUAAUAAAAACUGAAGAUCUCAA